AUGAACUUUGCCGCCCAGUUAUUCUACUCAAGCUACUUGAGCGAGCGACUUGAGCGUUUGUACUCACCCAAGCCUGCACUUAAAGACAGCGAGGAGAAUGACCCCUUUUGGCAGAGAGAGGAGUUGCAUUUGGGCCCCAGUCAGCCCAGUGGCUCCUACAAAUGCGGCUCGGUCUGUAACGGCACCGCGGUGCGCAGACCAACCCUCAUUGAACCUGAGCGUCUGAAGGACUUUGGUGAGGAGGAACUUCUCAACGGGGAUGUGAAGGUCUAUGAAACCAAAGUGGUGGGGGGUCCUGAGAUCAUGCUCAUGAACCCUCCCAAAACCAGGAGACUCAGUGAGUUCAGGAUUGUCCCCAGACCUCCUAUUCAGUACCUCCGCUUUGAGGACAUCAGCGCAGCAGCCUUCAGGAUCCAGACAGGGAUUCAGAAGACACCCUGUACGUACUCCAGACUGUCCAAACAGUACGGGAUGGAGAUCUACCUGAAGAAGGAGCACCUGCACUACACAGGCUCUGUGAAGGAGAGAGGAGUCCUGUACCUGCUCUCCUCCCUCACUCAGGAGCAGCAGAGGAGAGGCGUGAUCGUGUCCACUGACUGUAACUUCUCCAUGGCCGUGGCUCACCACGCAGUGGAGCUGAAGGUCCCGGUGUUUGUCAUCAUGCCGUCAUGCUGCUCCUCGCCCCGUCUCAGGAUCUACAGAGACUACGGCGCCAUGGUCAUCUCCUACGGCAGCACCGGCCACGACUCCCAGAACCACGCCCGCCAUCUGGCCAAAGAGAAUGGAUACCUCUACCUGGAAGAAGACGAGAGUCCAGCGUACCUGUCAGGACUGGGCACUGUGGGCAUGGAGAUCUAUGAACAAGUACCCAAACUGGACGCAGUGGUUAUUCCUGCAGCAGGACAGUACGGUCUACUGGCUGGAACAGCUGCUGCCAUCAAACACCUCAACUCUCAGAUUCUUGUCAUAGGAGUUGAACCAGAAGGUUUUCCUCUGCUGCUACAAUCUCUGAAAACAGACGGCCCAAUCAAAGACAUGCACAGCAACCCCAAUAAGAAACUUUAUGGAGAUCUUAUGGAGCGCUCGCUUGGUGUCAACACUUUCCACCUGGCAAAGAAACUGGUAGAUAAAGUCAUUUCUGUCAGUGAGGAGGACUCUCUGGUGGCGAUGCUACGGUUUCAGGAGUUUGAACGUUCCACUGUGGACACAGAAGGCGCCAUGGGACUGGCUGCCAUUUUGGCUGGACAGCUACCAGAAUUGAGAGGCAAAAAGGUGGCUGUAGUGGUGAGCAGCGCGAACAUGGAGCUGGAGCUGGUGAGGCAGUGCGUGGACCGAGCCCUGGUGCUGGACGACCGGGUCAGUAAGUUCUCGGUGCAGCUGGGAGAGUGGCCCGGAGACAUGGCCAAGCUGCUGGACGUCCUGUCCAGAGAGGACGUCAGGUUGCUGGAUGUCUGCCAUCGGAGACACGGCGACAAAUCAGACCUCUUCAAGGCAAAGGUGGAGUGUGUGGUGGAAACCAGGGAUAAGACACAAAGCUCUCAGUUGCGCAAGACGCUGAGCGAGCGCUACCCUUCUAUAUGCUGGCUGGGCCGGUGA